CAGUCACAUCUUAGUCUACUUUGCGCAUGACUUGACGUUUUUUCUUUCUCGUCUGCAUCCGCAUUUACGCUGUUGUGCUGCCGCCACGCAUCUAGAUUACGUAUUCAUCUUACAUUGUGAUCAUCAUCAUCAGCAUUUAUUUGUGCUUUUGCUUUGCACAAGUUCUAGGUCCCUGAUUUCGUUUAAUAAAUAAUCAUCUAAUAAUACCUCGUCAUCAUGACAGAAAAGAAUGCUGAUAGCAACAACAUGGGUAUUUUCUCUUGUAUUACUACCCCACUACUUGUUGGAUUACUUUUGUAUGGGUUAAAUAAGACAUUUGGAAAGACAAUAAAAAACUGGUUGUUUGCUUCCUUCUGGAAACGUGCCAUGAUAGAAUAUCACUCAACAAUGAGAGAAAUGAAGAAAUCCCAUUUUGAUUCAAUGCAAAGGCAAAAAUCUGCAGAUGUUGAUCUUAGGAAAAAAUCUGUUUUAAGAAUACUGGAAAUUGGAGCUGGCCCUGGUGCUAAUUUUGAAUUCUUCCCCAAAAAUUCCAAACUAAUGGUUGUGGAACCUAAUGCUUUCUUUGAGCCUUUGUUUUUUGAGAAUGAACCCAAGUAUCCUGACAUUCAGAUGGAGAAAUUUAUAGUUAGCAAUGCAGAAGACAUGAAAGAAGUUGAAGAUAAUAGUGUUGAUAUUGUUGUCUCUACUUUAGUACUUUGCUCUGUUACCAGUGUUGAACAAACCCUUAAGGAAGUUCAUCGCGUGUUAGCGCCAGGUGGGAAGUUCUACUACUGGGAACACGUUCACGAUAAGCCCGAAACGUGGCUUCGCUUGAUUCAAAGCAUUUUAAGUCCUGUAUGGUGCUUUCUUUUUGACGGCUGCAAUCUGAAUCGCAGCAUUGAUCAAACUGUGCUCGGCUGCAAGGUUUUUUCGCAAGUUGAACAGAAACGCUUUAAUAUUCCGCUAAAAAAAGGAAUUUGGGGAAUCAUCCGUGUCCACGUGAUGGGUCAAGCGACAAAAUAAUUCGUUGAGCAUCUAAUAAUGCCAUACUUAAUACUUGUAAUUUGUCUUUCCAUAAAAAUAAAAGAUUUUUACGUU